UUGGAAUGGAAAGCGGAUACAUUGAAGACUGUCAAAUAACAUCAUCAGAAGCUCCAGAUGAAGCUGCGCCUGCGCACAAUGCCCGGUUGAACAUGCCAAAUACAGCUUGGAAAAUAUAUGGUCAACAUGGCAUUGCUACCCAUGACACUUGGCUUGCUAUCGACCUGUUGCGUAACGCCACUAUCACAAGUAUAGCAACACAGGGCGGCUCUCGAGUCGGAACAAGUAAUGAUUUUGAAGGAACAACGGGCAGUUUUCAAUUUCUUUACGGCACUGAAAGGGACGUCUAUAUGGUUGCCACUCCUAGAAUACAGACGGAUCCCAAUCAUAGAACUUAUUUCGAACACGCAAUACUAGACCCUAGUGUCGUGAAACACCACUAUCUUCUCACCGCAGUCGAUGCUCGCUAUGUGCUUAUCAAAUUAGAGAGUUACUGCUCACAGAACUUUAACAGUUUAAGAAUAGAAUUAUUUGGUUGUUAUUACGAAGAAAAUGGAGAACAAACGAAUAAAGAAUGUUACAACACCGAUUCACAAUGGUCAAACAUCAAUGAAGCGGACAGAGGGUUCAUGGUGAUGGAUGGACAAUUGUUCGUUUGUAAUUCACUGCCCCUAAGGUUAGAAUAUACAGAUACAGCAGCUGGAAAAAGAUGUUAUUAUUUGUUUACAAGUCAUAAUUGGUUAGGUUCAUAUUGCUUACAACAAUCCGAUAGCAGUAGUUGGUCGCGUCUAUCAACAGAUGUCAACAUGCUCUUAGGCUAUGAGUCUCAGUCUUUCGUUAUAUACGGCACACGGAACUCACGACACAAUAAGAUCAUAAUCAGAAGCAUCGAUAGAGGGCGCAGCUGGCAGACGAUAAGUUUGUGGAAAUAUUUAGGUAUAAAAUCAUCGGCUACAUUUGUACCAAUAACAAGUGUACCUUCAACAUCAACAGAUGAUAUGAAUUGGUUAAACCCUUCGAAUAUUUUGAAUGAUUACAUCAGCGAAAAUAGAGGUGCAUCAUAUGACGGUCUGUAUGAGUUCAAGGAUAACACAUGGCAUAAGAUUCUCGACUGGAACCAGUGCUGCAUACAACCAACCACUACUAUGACGCAAUCGUGUGUUAUAGAUUAAUAAUUUUCAUGUUCAUUUAAAGUCAAAGGGAUUAUAUUUUAUAUUAUAUUUUUUUUUUUAAGUACCGUAUUUUACAAUAAUACAUUAGGAAAACUGUAAUGCUAGUCAGAUGAUUGUUCUGAAUUUAAUGUGCCUUUCUUUCUAUGAAUAUUAUAGACGAACAUGAGUACAAACAAGUUAGUUAAAACUGUGUAUCACCGUAACUGUCUUAGAGAAUCGGUGCUUCUCUUAAAAUGGAUGAAACUUCUCAGGGUGUAUAUUUUUGAAUUAUUAUGAUACUUUAUUCUGUUUUCUGCGUUUGUCAUGUUCUUUUUUAAUUAUAUAUGACUUUUAAAAUACAAAAUUAGGGUCACAUGGUUACAUAUGACAUGUAAUAUGUAAAGGUAAUUAAAAAAUUGUAGAAUGAAUGACAAUUAUAACAAAUUUAAUAUUCUAUAAAUCAUUCUCAACAUAUUCUAUUACAAUUUUACUCCAGUGCAAUUACAUUUUCCUAACCUUUAUGAUCAUACAAACACAUUUUGACUGUAAUUAUGUGUUGUAGUUCCACAUUUGCAGUGAAAAAGCUCCUUUCUCAAAUAAAGGCUGUUUUGGCAAUUCUAAUCCGAUUAGAGCAAAAAAUAGUCUUAUAGGCCUAUACAUAAAUAUAGGCUACAGUACCGGAAUUUAUAUUCAAGACGUUCCCAAUACACAUUUUACAAUUGUGGGUUUAUAAUUGUAUUACAAUAACAAAAAUAAUUAAUUUAAUAUCAUAACAGUUUUUGUACGUUAAUUUCAAGUUAGUAUAUUCAUUUAAUACUAUAGUUGUAUAUAAAAUGUGCAUUAGAUUAUAUCUUAUUAAAACAAUAAGAUGAAUG